AUGAUUGGCAGAGAGUCACUUCGUGUGGAACAUCUAAAUAGCCUCGGAUAUAUAUGUAAAAGGUGUUCUGAGGAAAACGUUGCGCAUCACACAAAUUGUUCCGGGUGUGAGCUUGUGACCAAACGGGUUCUUCAAGAAUUUAUCGUGGAGAAAGCUACACUCCGCCGUGGAAAAUGUCGAAGUAAACCAGCUGAUAAGAUAUUGGGUUUCUUGAGACCAGAAAGAGCAUCAGAUUGA